AUGGGAAUUUUGGGAAAUCGUCGAGAGUUUUUCAAACAUUUGUUGCGGUUGAGCAGGGUCAAGAUUCUGUAUGACAGAGCGACCGCCAACCGAUUCACUAUCCUCUAUUGCUGGGUUACCCUCAUUUCGGCCCUCCUUCUAAGCGCGCUACAGGGCGUCAUCUUGGCCGACAACACACAAGCGGUUCGCAUCCUCGGAGACAUCGUUACGGAUGCGGGCUUACCAGUCCACCUCGCGAUGGCCCACGGCGGCCAUCUUCAAGUGUGCGACAGCAUUCCAGGCCAGCGGAACACGAACUGCACGGUCAUUCUAGACUUUGAGAAAGGUCCUCGCCAGGAGCGAUCUAAGUCGGAAGAGACAGAUCACUAUCUUUAUGGAAGGAGUGAUCAUCAUGAAGGAGAUGGGUUCAAACUUGUCGGGGAUCCGCAAGGACAGCAUGAUUUGACUUGCAUCUACAGUCUCAGUUGGCUGGAAGAUACGUUGCACGACUCUCAGCGGGAAGACGUUGCAAUCUUGUUCUAUCAGAUAUGGAUGUUCACGAUGGGGAUAGUCACGAUUUUGAAUGAAUCUCUUCCUCAUCUCUGGACUUCGCUACUGGGCCACAUCCUGGGAGGAGCAUGGGCAGCGUCGAGAAUCCGGUCUACACAAAAUUUGGUGGCUAGGUACCGCUCAAUGAUUGUGCCAGGCCUUUGCGAUGGGUUUGAUCCUCUUGGUGGAUGGUGGGAGGUUAGGCUUUGGCAUACGGUGCCCAUCGUCAUCGUGAAUGGCGUUGUAAUUUUGAUUUUGGGAUUUUUAUCAUGGAAAUUACUCAAGCUGUACAGUAGCGCAUCUUUUGCUCGAGUAGGGGCCUCUUCACAGAUACACAGGAUGUACAAGCUGGUCCUAACGUUUUCCGUUGGCCUUCAACUAUCUUUCUUUUUCUCGCUCGCUUCGACUGCAAUGUGGAUCGACAAAGUCGCUUUCGGUCACUUGAGGGACCUCGCCCGCCAUAGCAAGCUCUAUCUCGCGACCUUCAUCAUGGUGUUUGUCCUCGAGAUACCAUUCCUUAUUUUGGGCUGGAAGUCUAUCCGAAAGGAAUCCAAUCCACUCUUUGCGAUCUUCUUUAUUCUGUCUCUAGGCCUUGUUGCCAUUUCCAGCGGAAUGUUCGCAAGCCCUGUCUAUCGGAGCAUCUUCCUGUCAUGGCAGUUCUUCGCUACUGUCAGCAUCACAGCUUUCGUAUUCCUGGUCCUUACUACAGGCUUCGGAAUCAUCUGUCGACUCAAUUUCAGAAAGGGCCUGGCUGACUACUUGAACGUCAAUGAAGCUCUGGAAGGCGUCGACUUUACACCUGUCUACUUCCCUCGCAAGAGUGAGGAUAGUGACGACAUCCGGUCAAUUUCUGACCUCUUGAACGAGAAGAAGCGGGCGCCCAAGGCUCUUCCGAAUCUCAAGCUCAAGCACGGACACAAGCACAGCAUCAGUGGACAGCAUCACAACGGCAGCAGUUUCGACGCCACAGCGUUCAGCAAUUACUUGGACCACUUUGCCAACAAAGAACGAGGCGCCUCUGUAUACUCGGACAGGGACAGGAAACCGAUCAUCCUUUCCUCCUCACCUCCCCUGAUUUCCGAGUUGGGCAGUCCGACGAAGCGGAUGAGGCGGCUAACCAAAGCCAUCGUGAGGGCACAGCACAGAGAGAAGUACCCGGAGGACGACUGGAGGAGGACAUUUUUCGAUUCAGCUUCCGAGGAGUCAUCAAUGAAUAGUUCCAGGGUCAACUCUCCGGCGGUCACUUCAAGCACUGUACCUGCAAGCUCUGUCAAGAGGUCACCAUCAGCAGGGAGUGUAAACCCCAAGUUGCCUCCUGGCAUCACAAUCCCUCCCCCGGUCAGACCGUCUCUGGACAGCUCGGAGGAUACGGUCAGUCCCGCUUCGAGGGCGUUCCUGGCGAGGAUGAAGGAUGCGGAGGAGUCCGAGGCAAGUCCGCAGUCUUCUUCUGGUUCAGGACCUCCGGCAGGUCGUCCUGGUUUGACGAGGGGUGCCACCAUUGCAUUCCCCGCGAAGGCACUUUCGAGAUUGGGUGACGCUCCUCAUAGUCAUUGGGAACCACCCAGCCGCCCCGUUGGGCUGGGGGCCAGGCAACUGCACAGAAGCUUCUCUCAGGUGAGGGGACUGCCGAGUCGCCCUCAACCAUUUUAG